AGAGCUGCAGUCGCAAGACGCUGCUCAACAAUGGCAGAGUCUCGGGUUAAACUCGUGAAGUUAGUAAAAGUGGUCGUUAGCUUCGUGCUGCUAGCAGCGUUAGCCCUGUUUACUGUAGCAUCGAUCAGGACCAUCUCACUGGACGUCAAUGUGGGACUCCAGCUCGCUCACUGGGAGAAGACGAACAACAUCUCGCUUGUCAUAAACCAACAACAGAGAGAGGACCUUUUAGCACGUUUAAAAGAGGCAAUCAGGAUCCCGACAGUCACGUUCUCACAGACGGAGAGCAACAUCACCGCGCUGCGUGAAUUUGACAUUUUCCUCCGUAAAGCCUUCCCGACAGUUUUCUCUUCGAGCUUGGUUCAUCAUGAAGUGGUGGCUAAUUACAGCCACCUGUUUUCGGUGGUGGGAUCACAGCCCGACUUGGUGCCAUACAUGCUGCUGGCCCACAUUGAUGUAGUACCUGCAGCUGAGUCAGAUGGCUGGGAGGCCCCCCCUUUUUCUGCCAAAGAGAUAGAUGGCUUCAUUUAUGGUAGAGGAACCAUAGAUGAUAAGUACAGUGUAAUGGCCAUACUUCAAGCCCUGGAGUACUUGCUGCUGAAAGGCUACACUCCACGCAGGGCAUUUUACAUUGGUUUGGGUCAUGAUGAAGAAGCCAGGGGCUUCAACGGGGCGAUGAACAUUGUGCGCUUGCUGAAGCAACGUGGUGUGAAGCUGUCGUUUGUCCUGGAUGAAGGCACGGGCAUACUCGAUGGGAUCAUUAAUGGUCUUGAAGGACCUGCUGCUAUAAUUGGGCUCAGUGAGAAGGGCUCAGCCAAUGUGAAGCUCAGCGUGUCUUUGGCUCCUGGUCACUCCUCCAUUCCUCCCAGAGAGUCGAGCAUUGGGAUUUUGGCUUCGGCAGUAAAAAGGCUUGAGGAGAACCCCAUGCCAAGGUUAUUUGGUUAUGGGCCAGAACGGGAAACCUUUGAACAUUUAGCUCAUAAGUUUAAGUUCCCAUUGAAGUUUGUUUUCUCAAACUUAUGGCUGUUCUCCCCAGUCUUAGGCAGAUUACUUGAAAGAAAACCAGACACUAACGCUUUUGUUAGAACAACCACGGCAGUAACCAUGUUUAAUGCAGGAGUUAAGGUGAACAUCAUUCCGGCGCUAGCUGAAGCUUAUGUCAAUCUACGAAUCCACUCGGCACAAUCAUUACAAGAGGUCCUAGAACUUAUCCGGGAAACUGUGGGGGACCCACGGGUGAAGAUGGAGCUCAUUGAUGGAUUCGAUCCUCUGCCUGUCAGCUCUUCUGAUGAGAAGUCUUUUGGCUUUCAGAUCAUUAAGAAAACAGUGUUGGACAUGUUUCCAUCAGUUACAGUUGCUCCAGGUAUCUGUAUCGGGAACACAGACAGUCGGCACUUUAAAGACCUGACCAAUGAUAUUUAUCGCUUUGCUCCUGUCUGGUUUAAACCAGAUGAUGUUCGGAGGUUCCAUGGCAUAAACGAAAGAAUUUCCAAAAAGAACUAUGAGGAGACUGUUGUGUAUUUUUUUAAUCUGAUGCAGAACUGUGACAUUCAGAAGCUCCCUGAGCCGCACAGCUCUGUGCAUGAACUCUAAGGAAGCAGCGGUUUUGUUAAACGCUCUGUGUUUACUGUAGCCUGAUGCUGCUUCACUACAGCAGAGUUAACUUGAAUUAGUUGCAUUUACGAUUCUUAAAGCAAAAUAAAUGAAGUCGCACUUCAAAUCUAAACAGUAUCGUUUGGCAGAGCCUUCGCUCGAGACAAGUGAUGCAGUUUGAUCAUCACAGAGGAACUCUGACGCUAUAAAAGAAUGUUGAAUCAGCCAUGCCAAGAGCUUUAAAUAAAAGAUUUGGUGUGGUGCUAUACAC